GGGGCGUGCAGGUUGAUAUAAAAGGCAUGCAGUUGAGGGGCAAUGGGAGAAGUCGUCUCCAUCCAAAUUGCCGACCACAUAUCAUUACCUAACCUCCUCCAUUUCAUAUUCCAACAUAUAUUGCUGAUAUAAUUAUCAAACUUCUCCAGAAUGUCUGGCACGAGCGAAACAUUUCAUUCUAUCAAGGAGCAGCUUCGCAAGGCAGAGUCCAAAGUCUCCGGACACCACGGCGGUGAUGUUCCCUCGGGGUCAGACGUAUCCCAGAUGAAGUCCGUUAUCGACUCCACAACCGAUAAGCAAGCCGACAUCGACCGCCGCAAAGCCAACCUGCCCCUUCCCGAACAACCAGCUGGCGAAUCAGGACUUGUAUCAGCGAAUAUGAAAACUACAGGCGGAGGAUCUGGCGCGGUAGCGUCAUCUGUGGGAACAGGGGAAGAGGCAAGUGGUUUACGGGAACCCGUAACAGCGGAGAGUAGCCUGAGGACUUCUGGGGAUGAGACGAAGAAGGAAACGGCCCCGUGUGGAAAUGUGGGGAGACAAGGGAAAGAAGGGCUGGAGGAUAUCCCACAUGAUGCUAAGGUGAGAUAA